AUGGAGCCUAAGAAGGCGGCGGUGUGGUUGGACCUGGAAAGCUGUCGGGUUCCCGAUAGUGUAGACCCUCGUUGUGUCCGACCGAUGAUAGAAUCGGCUUUGAAGAAGUCUCAUGACUUUGAAGAUGUGACCAUCUUUGCCAUGGGCAACAUAAUGCGCGUCCCACCUCUCCACGUCAAAGCCAUGGAUUCCUCUGGAAUUAUAGUGAAACACACCCACUUCGGUGCAUCUAAGUUUCAUUUUGAAUUUCUUUGGUGGGAAACUGAGAAUCCACCUCCGGCUGCGGUCAUGUUUAUAACCAAAAACGAUGACCCCUUUUUUUUGGAUCGUUUUAGUGAUUGGAUUUUCGAAGAAGGUGGAAAAUACACUGUUCUGCCUGCAUACCCUUGUUCAGAGUUUUGCUGGAACAACUUACUGAAAGUUCCGUUGAAAGGAUCGGCGGAGAAACACUACAAGCGGUGGAAGAGUGAGAACCACCUCUUCCCGGACGCGAUUGGCCACCACAUUCAAGGUGUCACUGUCCAUGAAGGCCAAUGGGACUCUCAUGGAAGUAUCAAGAUUUGGAACUACACAUUAGAUGGGAAACCGGAGGUGUUCAAAGAGAGAAGAGAGAAUGACGAUGAGAAUAUGGCGGUUACGCUCAGAGGACUCGAAGGUCACGUGAUGGAACUCUAUAAGAUCUAUGACGUCACUUUUCAGUUCAUUCAAAAGUCGCCGGAUGAUAUUGUGUGCAAAAUCACUCUAGUCUGGGAGAAGCGAACUGAUGACUCGCCUGAGCCCAACGAAUACAUGAAGUUGAGCAAGAAAAUCGCUGCCGACAUGGACAACCACGUUCUCAAUGCCUAA